AUAAUUCCUAAAAUCGAAAUCUAAAAGAUAUAUCGCAGUUCAAUUUUGCGUUAUUUCUUCCUAUGUUCUCAUUAACACGUCAUAAUAGACCCCAAAUAUUCAUGACGUAACGGCUAAAUAAAUUAACCCUGUCGCUUCAAUCUAUUUCUUAUUCAGACACAAUGUAGGGUACAAACACGCAUAGUUUGGUUUAGGUAGCUGUCCCGUGACCAUUAUGCUUUAAAAUAGAUUCUUUUACACACUUUUUAAAAAUCAAAGAGCAACGAGCAUAACGUCCUGUCGCUUGGUGGCGCUGUUGACUAAUACGAGGAAAGCGUGACUUGCAGCUGCUGAAGGCCCGGCUCUCCGGCAGGAAAUCACUGUCUCUAGGAACCGGGAGAAGCAGAGCGGCUGUCUCGUCUCUUGCCUUUGAGAAUAUCACAGGAGACAUCGGCACAACUCACCCUCUGGCAGCUCAAGCGAACCCUUAGCAGAUCGGGCUGGUGGGAUGAAUCGGGACUAGCGAUAUUUCUUCCGGAUCGACCCGCGCCGCCUCCUGCAGACACAAUGGCGGACACCGGGAGCAGAACAAAGCGGAGCAGGCAAGCCGCGUCUCUCCUUCUGCUCCUGUGCGUGGGGGCGAUCGGCUCGGAGACGGUGCGGUACUCGGUGCCGGAGGAAAUGGAGAGCGGGUCCUUCGUGGCUAAUGUGGCAAAGGAUGUGGGGCUGGAGCCCAGGAGCCUGUCUGCUCGCAGGGCCCGCCUGGUGUCGGACGCCGCGAGCCGGCAUUUCCAGCUGAAUGGCAAGACUGGGGACUUGCUUAUCAAAGAGAAACUGGACCGAGAGGAACUGUGCGGGCAGACGGAGCCCUGUCUUGUUCUCUUUGAGCUAGUCCUGGAGAAUCCCUUGCAAUCAUACCGGGCCGAGGUGCGCGUUACUGACAUAAACGAUCAUUCCCCAGUUUUCUCGGAAGAAGAACAAGUCCUCACAAUUCCCGAAACGACCUCUUCUGGGUCUCGGUUUCCUCUGGAGAGCGCCUGGGAUUUGGAUGUGGGAAACAACAGCCUUCAAAGCUACAGCCUUAGCUCCAAUGGGCAUUUCCAUGUACAUAUGGAGGAACAGAGCGACGGCACGAGACAUGCGGAGCUAGUGCUGGACCAAGCCCUGGACCGAGAGCAACAGCCAGAGCUGAGUUUGCUACUCACUGCCCUGGACGGCGGCUCCCCGCCGAGGUCCGGCACUGCGCAAAUCCGCAUCAUCGUCCUCGAUAUCAACGACAACCCUCCCGUUUUCUCCCGGGCCACUUACAAAGCCCAGGUCCCGGAAAACAGCCCCAGAAAUUACCUGGUUGUUGCUGUUUCUGCCAAUGACCUGGACGAGGGAAGUAACGGGGAGAUCUCCUACUCCUUCAGCCAGAAAUACAAGGGAAGUAGCAAGGCGUUCCAGAUCGACGCAGUCUCGGGGGAAAUUCGGCUUCUGGAAGAACUGGAUUUCGAAACGAGGGAGACCUACGAGCUGUACAUCCAGGCCACGGACGGCGGGGGGCUGUCGGCGCACUGCAAAGUCCUGGUGGAGGUGGUGGAUGUGAACGACAACGCGCCAGAGGUGACCCUGACAUCCCUCAUCAGCCCCAUCCCCGAGGACGCGCCCCCCGAGACGGUGGUGGCCCUGCUCAGCGUCAGGGACCGCGACUCCGGGGACAACGGGAGGGCAGCCUGCUCCAUAGAGGACGCGCUGCCCUUCUCCCUGAAGGCGACGUUCCGGGACUCGUACGCGCUGGUCACGGAGCGGGCGCUGGACCGCGAGAGCGUGUCGGAGUACAACAUCACGAUCGUGGCGCGGGACCAGGGCGCCCCCAGCCUGUCCGCCGAGCAGAGGAUCAGGGUGAGAGUGUCCGACAUCAACGACAACGCGCCCGUGUUCAGCCAGGCGGCCUACACCAUGCACGUGCGGGAGAACACGGCGCCCGGCACGGCCAUCGGCACAGUGCGCGCCGCCGACGCGGACGCGGAGCACAACGCCCGAGUGACCUACUCGCUCGUGCCCGCCGGCGCCGGCGCCGGGGCCCUGCCCGUGCUCGCCUACGUGGCGGUGAACUCGGCCGACGGCAGCGUGUACGCGCUGCGCUCCCUGGACUACGAGCAGACGAGGCAGCUGGAGGUGGGCGUGAGAGCGACGGACGCCGGGUCCCCGGCGCUCAGCUCCGAGGCCGUGGUGCGCGUCGUGGUGCUGGACGAGAACGACAACGCGCCCUUCGUGCUGCACCCGCUGCAGAACAGCACGGCGGCGUGGAGCGAGCUGGUGCCGCGCUCGGCCGAGCCGGGCUACCUGGUGACCAAGGUGGUGGCGGUGGACGCGGACGCGGGGCAGAACGCCUGGCUGUCCUACCAGCUGCUCCGCGCCACGGAGCCGGGGCUCUUCGCCGUGGCGCUGCACAGCGGCGAAGUCAGGACGAGCCGGCCGCUGACGGAGCGCGACACGGUGAAGCACAGGCUCAUUGUGCUCGUCAGGGACAGCGGGGAGUCGCCCCUGUCCUCCUCCGCCACCCUCAACAUCCUGCUCGUGGACGGCUUUUCCGACGCCUACCUGCAGUCCGCUGAUGCCGCCGCCGCCGCCGCCGAAGGGGCCGACACAGGCGCUUUAACCAUGUACCUAACCGUCUCCCUGUGCCUCGUGUCCUUCCUCUUCCUGCUCUCCGUCGUGACAUUUGUCCUGGUCAAGGUGUGCCGGAGGAGAGGGGGCGGGGAGCAGUACACCAGUGCUCCCGGCACGUUGUAUGGCGACGGCAACUUGCCGAGAGACUGGGUGGAUGUGUCGGGGACCGGCACCCUGUCCAGGAGUUACCGGUACGAAGUGUGCUUGAGCACGGGGUCGGGGAGCAGCGACUUCCGGUUUCUGAGGCCCCUCGUGCCCUGCCCUCCGCAGCAGGGGGGCUGCGUCGUGACGGGCUCCGGGAAGGAGCGGGAUCUUCUCACCGACUCUCAUGCGCCCGCCGACUUGGAAGGCGCCGAUCAGGUAAGGGUAGAGCGGGCUGUUCCUCCCGCCAAUCUCUAUCUGUACGUCCUCAUCUUUUCAAUUUAGAGUGUAAAAUAUCAAAAAAAAAAAAUUAUCACUAUUCAAAAUCCUCUGUCUGUCCUUUAACAUGGACAUAGAAUUUAGUGAUUCUUGCAGAUAAAACGAUGUUUUCCUUUAGAUUAUUUUCAAUAUUUUCACUGAUCUAGGUAAUGUGUACCCCAGAGCAUUAAUCGCUAAAUUAAACAAUGUUGCUGUUUCUUAUGGUGCGUUGUGUAUGUACGUUAUCAGGAAAUAGCUAGCGGGUUUUUAUAGGAAUACAUUAAUGCCUUGUAUUAGUGGGUUUUUUUGUUUCCUGGAAGAAGUCAAGCCAAGCUUUCUAUUCCUGACCUUAUUUGUAGCGUGAAAGCUAAACAUAAUAUUAAUACGAGAUAAUACAGGCAGAUUCCAGAGUUAAAAAGUUGUAGACAUCUUUCAUUGGAAUAUUUUUCCCAAGGGGGAACUUUAAGCAGUUAAGGCAUAUAUUAUUUGGAUAUCCUGUUUGUUUACAGUUUUCAGCAUGGAGAACACACUGCCUUUCCCAUUCCUUCCUUGUGACUUUCUCUUUCUCAUGGCUCAGUCCCAUGUUUGCGUCAACCUGGGCGGGCUGCAGCCCGGAAGCUGCAAACAGCUGCUGCCUCCCCGCCCCCGGCAGGCCCCAGUUGGCUCCCGGCCCUAGGCUCCAGGGAGGCACAAAAUAAGGGCGAU